CGGGCGUGUUCGUCACGCAACUCACACUCCACUGAAGAGGCGUGAGGACAUGAGGCUAACGCAUGACGAUAAAAAAGUAAGAUUAACUUAAGGACAGAAAUACGGUAAUAAAUCUAUCCGUUGGGAAAUACUAAAAGUAUGACGCACUGUUCAAGAUAUCAGAGUUAUUUUAGUUGAUUUAUUUACAGUUCGCGCGAGGUUGCUUGUCUGCGUUGCUCACUGCGUGGCUAGCUAGAUCUGUUAUUGCACUUGCUCGUAAAUGUCAAAUUAUCUGUUUAUCCAGUAAAAGAUUAUUAUAGUUGAUCAUAAUAUGCAAUGAAAAUACCAAAACGUUAUUAGAACUUGUUUACUCUCGUGCAUUUCAUCUUUCCAUUAAAACAUACAAAACAGUCGCUAACUAUAUUGCAAGAUAAAAGCUCGUGCAUGUCAGUUUGACAUUGGGUUGCACUUGUUAUCUGAGUACUACUACCACAUGGGAACUCGUUUGUAUAGUAAAGCGUUGCUAUUUAGCUAAUUCGAGGGGUUUAAAACUAUAAGCAGCACUUCCGAACGUCAAAUCUAGAUAUCAGAUUGCGCAAUAGUUGGUUCUAGAAAUAAAGAUGUUCUCCUCCGUCCAGCAUCGCCAUGUUUGCAGCAUAGGUGCCAGAGCUGUUCGCCUGCAAAACUUCAGCACUUAUAAACAAAGUAAUGUCACUGGUAAAAUUAACAACAAAUCGUGGACUUUCUCUUGGAUGGGGCAGCGAGUGGGCCUGCUGCUGUCAUGGCUCCAGAAAGCAGGAAAAGAAACAAACAAACUAGCUUCUGACAAGAAGAAGGAGGGACUGCUGUCUAUAUUUGCCAACCACUGUAGUUUUGUGACCGGUCAGAGGUUGAGAAGGGCUUUUCAGAUUGGGGAGUUGUAUUCAAACCUGUACUCCGAGAGAACCAGGUGGACACUCGUAGGCAGCAUAUGGCGGCGGCUGCAGAGCAAACAUGCCCCCACUGGAAAACUCAUAGCGGCACUGGCUGGAGUCUUCAUGUGGGAGGAUGAGAAGAUCCAAGAUGAUGAGCUGAGGAGGUGUGCAUGGGAGCUGCAAGCAUUGGAAGCUGUGAGAAACCAUAAUGGAACCUCAAAAACAGCUGUGGUUGUGGAUCCAGUAUGGGAGAUGGUCAUGGAAAAGAAAAACUUCAGAGUGUGGAGGAGACCAAUCCAGGGUAGCCAUCUGUUUGAGUACAGAGUGUUUGGUUCAUACACAGAUGUCACCCCCCGGCAAUUCUUCAACGUUCAGUUGGACACGGAGUACAGGAAGAAGUGGGAUGCGCUGGUUAUCAAAUUGGAAGUAGUGGACAGGGAUGCCAACACGGGCACCGAGAUCAUACAUUGGGCAACACAUUUUCCAUAUCCUAUGUACUCCAGAGACUACGUCUACGUGCGCCGUUAUCACGUUGAUAUGGAGAACAACUUGAUGAUCUUAGUCUCCAGAGCUGUUAAACACCCCAGUAUCCCAGAGACCCAGGAAUAUGUCAGAGUUCAUUCCUACCAGUCUAAGAUGGUCAUCCGCCCACAUUUAUCAUUUGAUGAGAAUGGCUUUGACUACCUGCUGACUUACAGUGAUGACCCUCAGACAGCCUUUCCUCGCUACUGCGUCAGCUGGAUGGUAUCGAGUGGCAUGCCAGACUUCCUGGAGAAGCUUCACACAGCUGCUCUCAGAGCUAAAAACAUGGACGUAGGUGUUCAGGACUACGUCAGCAUCGUCAAACCUACCCAGUCAACCCAAGAACGGCUAGGAGAUGACAACACUCACACCAGAGGCCCAAGUCAGAUUUACGCCUGAGCGUGUGGCCACAAGGAAUACUGGAGUGCUUGAAGUAAUGUGUUAACAUGAACCUAAUCCAUGUGUGCAUUGACAGAGACCACAAAUACAUUUUUAACUAUUAUCUCCCUAAAACAAUUAAUGGACUGUGCUGGAUAUCUCAGCUGUUUGUUGUGAUGACUCCAAAAUAAUUUUUGACCAUUUGAUCACGCCUGCAUUAAAUGUCAUACUGAGUGUUUACAGUUGUGCUGUUUAGUUGCUUCCGCUCUCUGUGGGGUUCAUCUAAGUCAAACAGCUGAGAUGAGAUGAAGUUACACUGAUAACAGUUGAUGCUCCUUACAAAGCAGUAUUUUGCUCCACAUUUCUUUAUCAUCAGAAUCAAGCAUGAUAUUGAGCUACUAAAUAAACCGAGACGUUAGGAAAAAACAUUAACCGGCCCCUCCAGCUUGAAUUUCAGGAAGUUGCUUGUGUACAAAGCCAUGUUUUUUUUUCGUUGUGGUUCUCCUUUGUGACAUUCUGCCCUCGGCAGCACCAGACUUGAUCACUGUUGCCCUCAUUUGCGUUGCAUUAUGUGUGUGAAUGUUCACUGACAGUAAAACCCAAACAGCCUUCACAGGAUAACUGAUACCCCCUCUGGAGACAAAAGAGAUGUGUCUUAUACCAACCACAACAUCCUCACAAAUAGGCUCGGCUUCCUGCUAUGCUGUAGAGGACUGUUUGAAAUCUCAAUAAACAACUUUUCUGCUCUGAACUCUAGCAACUGUCUGCAAAACCUUCACAUUUUGAGGGUCAGCGAUGCCAACGGACUCAACAAUGUAGUGAAUGUGAAAGGUGCAGUUUUGCCAGAAUACAAAUUCGCUUCAGGACAUUUUUUUUGUGCAAGUGCAAAAAGGUUUUUGGGGGGUUUGUGUGUCUGGGAAUCCACUGUAAUGCAUGUGUGUUUGAUCUAUGUUAUACACAUUUAUACUUUUAAAAAAAAAGUAAGAAAAAAAACUUGUUGAAUAGUGAAGUGGUUCAGUCAUACAAAUUAAUUUGCUUAUAAUGCAGAUUAUGCAUCAUUUGAAUCUUCUUUACAUUUUGACUUUUUACAUUUUGCAGACAUCAAAUUUCUUAUGCAGUUUUACUCUCCGUCCCAUUGUUUGACCCUUUUUCACACUGAUGUCUGUCAUAACACGCCAGUGAAAUUACAGUUAUGAUGACAGCAUUUUGAAUCAAGGUUUUGUAAAUCAUCUGUGGCCAUUCAAAGAUAUUAUUGUAUUAUUUUUUUCGUCGUCUUAUGUCUGCUGAAGAGCAUUUAAAAUUAAGAGUGUUGCUUUAGUCUAUUGAAUACCAAGGUCAGAUUUUUUUUUCUUGUAUAAUUAUUUUAUAACAUCCUCAUGUCCUUUGUGUAAAUGAGGUAAAUGCUUAAAAAUGCAUGACCCUUUUCUUGCAAAAUGCAGCACAGGAAAUGCAUGUAUAAUACAUAAUAUUAGAGCUGUUCAGUUUAUCAAUGAAUAUUGCAGUUGAAUAGGAAUAAGUUGGAGAGGAAUUAUGAGUUGCACUUACAAAUGGUCCCAAGUAGACUUCAAUCAGGUGACUCGAUAUGACACCGAUUGUUCAUUAUUAGGAGCCACAAUCAUGCCUGAAUUAUCCAUAUUCCCAACCAUUCACAUUUUCAAUAUCUGCUCUUUACCAAAGGCAUAGGUAAGCAUCACAUUCAUCCUUAAUGUCCUUUAUGUGAAAUCAUAUUUUACCCCCUUGUUUUCAUUAUAAUAUUCUAAUUUAUUUAAUUUGUGUGAAAAUCCCAUUGUCACUACUCCUUUGGGUUUUGUAAUGUUCAGACAUUGGCCUAAAAUUUAGUUUUUGUAUGUUCAGAAUGUAGAUAACACUGCCCUGUUUACGUCCCAAUUCCUUUAAGUAUAAGAAAAUGACAGCAAAAAUACUCUUUUGUAACAAUUUCUGUUGUUUUAUCAGUUGUUAAUGAUUUCAGUGGCAUUUAGUGUUUUUCUGAAUUUUGUUGGCUGUUUAAAAAACCAGUUGUUCACAAUGAUCAGUCAAAAGGUCUUUUUGUUAAUAAUUUCUACAAAUCUUUCAGUUUGUUAAAACAAAAAAAGGUUUUCAGAAAAGCACUUACACUGAAAGUCUAUGGGGCAUGUGCUUGUUGAGUUGCUUGAGGUGAAAUUAUUUUCUUUGGUAAUAGAGCUUAACUCGCUCUUUAACUUGGUAUAAAUGCAGUUGCAAAUACAAAUUACCAAACUUCCUGUUGCAGAAAUUGUUUCCAGUGUCAUAUUUAUCUUAGUUCUAUAUCUCCGUAAAGGGUUUUAAUAGGGGCAAUUUAAUUUUGCAUGCAUAUUAAAGAGCCAAUACAAUGUUUUCCCAUAUGCAAAAUUUAACAGUAUUAGAUUAUUCCCAGGGGUGUGACUUGACUGUUUUAUGGCAUGAGGUCAUUUAAUGCAUUCUAGUUGAUGUUCAUAUAAAUGACAUACUGAAAUCUGAGAUAUUUCCACAUAUUCAUAAGAUUACAGCUCUGUGGUGAUUGAGAGUACUCCGCUUUUGAAUUGAAAGUAUCCGAUGCCAUAACAAAACAUGACUCAGUUGAAUGCAUUCUAUAGCAUUUUUUACUUUUUCUACUAUCUAAAGUGUUCUACUAUAAUUUCAAUUGAAUUAAAGUUGGAUUAGUUUAUGAAUGAAUAAGUAGUAUGGGUAAAAUCAGGAGCAUGGCAAUUUCAUUUCUGUUCUAAUGUGAAAAUAAGCAUUGUAAUUAAUUCAUUGGUAACAAUAAAUAAUUUAAAGUAA